GAAGAUGGCGUGAAUGUCGCGAAUGCCACGAAUACCUAAAUACCAUUUGAUGGAAAACAUACUAAUUUGUAACAAUUUUGAAGCAAUAAUGUCACAACAAGAUGAAACUAAAGAGCCUCUAAUUGGGGAUUUUAAGAGGCAAAACUUACUACAAAUGACAGAAGAUGAGCAUCUCACUAUGAUGAACGAAAGGGGUGAUCACAAUCCGAACCCUGGUCAGAAGAAACAUGCAUUGACCGAGGCCUUCCUUAUAGGAGAAUCUGGCAGUCAAUCUGCUUCUCAAGAUGAUGUGAUACCACAGUCGUCCUCUGUUUCAAUUCCUGAUGAUAAAACUCAUGAAACUGAUCAAGAUACCGGCGAUAAAUGUAUACGCACAGAAUCACCUGAUAGUGAAAUAGUUGUUAUCGAUGAUAACGGUGAACAUAAAAGCAUCGGAUCCGGUCCAGAAUAUGACGUCGAUGCUGGAGUAUCUACACACAAUACUGAUGAUAAGGAAUAUGAUACUUCUAUUGAUAAUAACUUACCAGAGACAGUAACGUUACUUACAGCGUCUAGUGGAAGCAAAUUGUAUCUAGUGGGAACAGCCCAUUUCAGUACGGAAAGUCAAAAUGAUGUUGCCAAAAUGAUUCAGGCCGUUCAACCUCAUAUAGUCAUGGUCGAACUCUGUAAAGCUAGGGUCAAUAUUUUACAACUUGACGAAAAGACAAUACUUGAGGAGGCGCAGAAACUUAGUUUUGAAAAUAUCCGCAAUACAAUUCAACAAAAUGGGCUUUUCAAUGGACUGAUGUACAUUCUUUUGUUGAACAUGUCUGCUCGUCUUACUAAGGAGCUUGGAAUGGCUCCUGGUGGAGAAUUUCGUCGAGCUUUUGCUGAGGCAAAGAAUGUACCAAACUGUUUGGUACAUAUGGGUGAUCGGCCAAUCAAUAUAACUAUUCAGAGAGCACUGAGCUCACUGUCUUGGUGGCAGACUCUGAAACUUGGAUGGCAUUUAUUGGCAUCAACAGGACCAAUAAGUAAGGAAGAAGUUGAACGUUGUAAACGCCGAGAUUUAUUGGAAGAGAUGCUUGCUGAGAUAACUGGGGAGUUUCCGAUACUAGGUGAGGUCUUUGUCAAGGAACGGGAUCUCUACCUGACACACUCACUUCAACUCGCAUGUCUCCCACAACGCACUGCAACCAGCUUCAUGCCAGUCAGAGUAGUAGGUGUUGUUGGAAUCGGACAUGUAUCUGGAAUUGUGAAACACUGGGGCAAAGUGAAGACGUCAGAAAUUCCACCUAUUUUAAGAAUACCUCCACCAUCACUGUCAAGCAAAGUUUUACGUUUCACUGUGAAAGUUUCAUUUGUUGGUGCAAUUAUUUUCAUAGGAUAUAAGAUAAUUCCAAUGCCAUCUGGCGAAACUAUUCAAUCACUUAAGUCAUCGGUCGGAGGCUUUUGGAAGGACACGUAGAUAAUUGACGGGAAUCUCAACUUACUCAAUGGAUUGUCAGCAGUUGCAUUGAAGUCAAAGGAAUCAAUGGUAUUAUCACCAGUGUCUGUGUAAUACAUAAUAGUUCCGUCCGCAGACCAUGCUAAACCGUUUGAAAUCAAAAGAUCUUCUAAUUGUGUUGUAAUUGAGCUAUAUGGUGUUACUCGAUAUAAUUUCCCAGUUCUCUCUGUUAUUACAUCAGCCGUAACCUCUGGCCCCAUAGUUCCUGUAAAUAAAUGAUAAUUUCGAAUUAUUGAAUUGCUAAGAGGAAUUGGUGAGCUGUGGAAUUAAUCAAUUCACAAUCACAUAUCCGCAAAACUUAUGCAUGCCAAUUACAAAGUAGAAAUGCACAUUAUUUUUUAGAGAUGUUGUUGGUUCAAAUAAGAGUCAGUAGAAAACAAGCAAAAUCUUAUAAAAAUGAUUCUUGACUUUGUCACAUAAAAUAACUUGACACCAACAUUUCUAUACAGAAUUGCAUGUUUACCUGCCCAAAGUGUUCCAGAGCGGUCCACUUUUGCAUCAUUAAAUCUAGAACCAUCUGAAUCUUGUAUUGCGCUAUAAAUAAUUGAUGAUUCUGGCGUUGAAUCCUGCUGUCCAUCCCAUAUAACAUGUCUUAUAUCUAAUUCUGUUGAAAUUAAGAAUUCAUCUGUUGUUCCUGCUAUCGGUAUGAUAAAAGUUACCGCCCCACCAUCUAAAAAAAAAACAAAUAAACCACAUCGUUAGGGUAGCCUUGAUUGUUGACGUAAUCUAUUAGAAAUCUGGAAUCAGCCAAUAAAUCAAUAUUUUUCAACUCGCA